CUGUCUCAACCCUAUAGGGUCAAUGUGUACAUUUCUGUGCACUUACUUAAAAAUUCAGUAUUAUUGGUUGGAUUUCACACAAAGACAGAACCGUCCCACUUGAAACCAAAUGCCUCCUUCAGUUUUCGUUUACCUACCAAACUUACACAUUCCUCAAGGAGAACACAUAUCUUUCAGCUGGAGAGGGAGUAAUCAACAUGGUGAUAUUAUGGUUCAAAGAAGUAGAAAAUUUGGGGCCAAAAUGAUUUCCAAUGAGGACUUGAAAAAGCUGCCUUGCUUUGACUAUGAGGCAGCAGAGAAAGGGACUAGCUGUGUUGAUUGUGCUGUGUGCUUGGAGAACUUCAAGAUGGGUGAUAAGUGCAGGUUAUUGCCAAAUUGCAGGCACAGCUUCCAUAUUCAGUGCAUAGACUCAUGGUUGUUGAAGACACCCAUUUGUCCAAUCUGUCGAACUUGCAUUAUUCCUCUCAAGGUUGAAGUGAUUAUAAGUGAGGAAAGUAGUGUUUCAGAUAAUAUUGCAGUUGAAUUGACAUAGAGCAAGGUUGUUUUGUUAACAUACUAGCUUCAAUUAAUACCCAGUCGUUUUGGCUUUAUGUUUAGUAGUUUGUUCCAUUGAUCAUAGAGAGAUGAUCUUGUUUUCCUAAGCCCACUCAAAUUUCACAAAAAGAACUAGAGCAUGAGGUCUGCUUAGCCCUCCUUUUUCCUUCUAUCUUUUGGUUGGCUUUGAUGAACAUUCAGAUUUUUUCUUCUUGUGGUGAUAACAUUGUCUGAAGCAGAAUCAAAUCCAUUAAGUGGGUUUUCAUAUUUUCA